CCAGCUGCCCGGGCGGAGCGGUGCGCAUGCGCUUUCCAAACAGAGGGGGAGUCGUUGCCGUCGCCCGCUUUGCUGCUGUUGCCGCCGCUGCUGUCAGUUCCGGCUGCUUAGUGAGGAAGAGGAUCCGGCCUCGGAGUUGCUUCCGCCGCCGCCUGUGGAGACUCGGCCCUCUCCCGACCCUAGGAGCGCCCGCUCCUUCCCCCUCCGCCGGCCAUGGCCCGGGACUACGAUCACCUCUUCAAGCUCCUCAUCAUCGGCGACAGCGGUGUUGGCAAGAGCAGUUUGCUGUUACGGUUUGCAGACAACACUUUCUCGGGCAGCUACAUUACUACAAUUGGGGUAGACUUCAAAAUCCGGACAGUUGAGAUUAAUGGAGAAAAGGUGAAGCUACAAAUCUGGGAUACUGCUGGACAAGAGCGCUUCCGGACCAUCACAUCAACGUACUAUAGAGGAACGCACGGGGUUAUUGUGGUUUAUGAUGUCACGAGUGCUGAAUCCUUUGUGAAUGUGAAGCGAUGGUUGCAUGAAAUAAACCAGAAUUGUGACGACGUCUGCCGGAUAUUGGUCGGCAAUAAGAAUGAUGAUCCAGAGAGGAAAGUGGUAGAGACGGAAGAUGCCUAUAAAUUUGCUGGGCAGAUGGGGAUCCAACUGUUUGAGACAAGCGCCAAAGAGAACAUUAAUGUGGAAGAGAUGUUCAACUGCAUCACAGAGUUGGUUCUGCGAGCAAAGAAAGACAACUUAGCAAAGCAGCAGCAGCAACAACAGAACGACGUGGUGAAGCUAACGAAGAUUAGUAAACGGAAGAAACGGUGCUGCUAAUGUCCUUUCUUCUGCGGCAGAGACUGCCCACUCAGACAGCUCAGCCCUUCCAGCCAGACUCGGGCAAUUCCGCUGGGCUAGGCCUUGGGAGGACUCGGUUUUUUUCUCAGUUUGUGCCGUUAUUUAAAAUGAAUUCUCUCCAUGUCUUCGGUCAGGAGGCACCUUACCACAGCAGUGCCAAGAAGGUAUUGGAUGGAGGUGAUCCCUCCCCCUCUCUCCUCCUUGCUUUUUCAAGAGCAUCUUGUAGACAAAAAAUGACUUUGCCUACCAAGUGGACUUUUGAUUCUAAAAGUUUGUACAUAAUGUAUAUUUGCUUUAACCAGCUGUGUCUGCCCCUGAUGUCGCUUCGGCUUCUGCCUUCUUAAUCUCAACCAAUCAUGUGUUGUCCAGAGUUCCUACUUUUCCCCCCCCUUUUCCAAAGAAACAGAAUAAUGUCCUUACACAGAGUUGGCAUCCACUGCUCUCUGGGCCUUUGUUAAGCUUCCAAGCUAGGAAUUGACAUCCUUGGGGGCUUUCAGUUUCACUCACUGCCGAGCUCCAGGUUGCAUUGGGAAGCGUUCUGAGAUUCUUUUCCUACAUUCCAGAAUUGCUGAUGCUGCUGGAGCUGACGGGGCAGUCCUUGGAAUAGCUGCAUUCUUGACUCUCUGCAGUGUGGUAGAGCGUAAUGAGAAGUGCACCAGGCCAUUUGUUAAAAUGAAACCUUUGGGGUUUGGUUUAAAACAACUUUUUUUCUAAUGACAUUAAUCUCCUGUAGGAUCAACAAGAGCUACAUAAUUGUUAUUUGGCCAAACAUCCCUUCCCACCCCGUUUCUCCCCCAUCCAUCAUUCAGUAUCCAGUUAAAAGGGUUGAAUUCAGAAGUGCUUUUCUGAGGGACAAAGUCUUUGGAGUGUGUAUGUGUUAUGUAUAAGUGAUGAAAAGUAUAGGAGGGAGACUCUGGCUCUUCCAAAUGGUGCUUGCAACCAACAGCUGUUGCCAGGCUAUUUCCAAGGUCCUCCGCAUUAGAAUGGAUGCUGUCUUCUAGAUAUCAAGACCACUUGCUUGGGUGAUUGGAUCUCCUUCAACAGUGCCACUUGGCUCUUGUUAGGCUGAAGAUAAAAUCAGGAUUCUUCUGGUUACCAUGUACUUCAGUAGGGGAAUAACCAGGGCUCAGCUCCUUGGCAUUUAAAAACAAAUGACCUCUCCUAGCAUAUUAAGAGGGUAUUGCCUGGGCUGUCAGAGACACCUGAUCAUCAAACUGAAACAGAUGUGUGCUUUGUGGCCCCUGAAGAUGAUCAUGUUAUCCAGAGGCCCUCCAAUGUCAGUAACCCUUUGGACUUAGAAUCAUGCAAGAAGGGCUGAAAACCUUAUUUAUUUAUUUUUGUUUGCCUUUAUUAACAUGCCCUGAUUGUACAAUCGCAUCACAGGUAGUCUGACUUUACAGUCAUUUCCUUGCAAAUAAUGAAUGUGAUGGGCCAGUGAAAGCGUUUUGGAGAAAAAAAAACAAAUAACAUCCUAGCUUUCUUAUCUUCCACCACCAACUUCUCUGUGCAUCUCUUGUAAGUUACUUUCACUAAUUCAAAAAAUGUGAAUGUGAACUUGAACAAUCCAGUUUGGAAUGAGUUUCUAGUGUGAGAGGCCUGUAGAAAUGGCAGAGGUUAUCUCCGUUUGGAUCUGUCUGCCUGAAGAAAUUGUGUCUCCUCCUUGUGGGCGGGGUGGGGUGCAGUGCGUGCUGUCAAGUUGCAGUGGUCUCUUGGGAAGAGGGAACACGGGUGUGAGCUUUGCCAGUCCAGCAGUACAGUUUUCUGGCUUUGAGGCGUGGUAUGCUUUUUCAAUGCUGCUUUCAGCCAUCUCCCUUGCUCAACCUCAGCUCAUCGUUAAAGGAGGUUGUACAGUGUUAGGCUGCUUGGUGGGUGACACCUGCAGGGAGUAUUAAAGGAAGGGGGGGGGGGGGACACUGAAUCCUUAGCAGUGCUGAUAUCAAGCAGUGGAAUGUCU